AUGCUGUUCAAACUACUCAAACUUAUUAAGGCACCUCAACAAAUAAAUAAGUAUAAAGAUGCCUAUAAAUUCACGGUUGGUGAUUCAGAUAAUCCUGAAACAUCUGCUCUUCGAAUGUGCAUUGAAAACGCUAUUUGCAGUGGAUGUGGCAAUGAAAUACGAGAAAGAUACCUUCUGAAAGUUAUUCUUACAUACAUGUUUGGGAAUUUUAAAAUUAAAUUACGAUAA